AUGGAGAAUGCUGAGGAUGACAUAGCCGUUAUUGGGAUUGGAUGCAAUUUCCCCGGAGGUGAGGGGGUGGACAGCUUUUGGAGAGUUCUGUUGGAGGGAAAGAACUGUGUGGUGGAGAUUCCAGCUGAGAGGUUUGACACCACUUUUUGGUAUGAUGCAGAAAAUGAUAAACCUGGGAAGAUGCAGACGACCAAAGCAGCUCUAAUAGAAGGGUUUAAUGAGUUUGAUUACAAGUUUUUUGGUAUUACUGAAGUGGAGGCUGACUUCAUGGACCCUCAGCAGAAACUUCUUCUGCAGUGUACAUACAGGGCGUUAGAAGACGCAGGAAUAGCCAUGGAACGCAUCAGUGGAAGCAGAACUGGUGUCUACAUAGGGCUUAUGAACAGGGAUUACGAGAUGCUCAGAAAUAAUAGUCCUGACACAAUAACCCACUACAACGGCACUGGGACAGCCAUGAGCAUUGCAGCUAACAGAAUUUCCUUCACCUUCAAUCUGACUGGCCCAUCUUUUGCCAUCGACAGCGCCUGCUCCUCAUCUUUGGUGGCUCUUCAUGUAGCCUGCCAGGCUAUAAAACAAGGAGACUGUGAAAUGGCACUAUGUGGAGGAGUCAAUUGCAUAAUUGAGCCGAGAGUAUUUAUUGCUCUCAGCAAGGCAAAGAUGAUUUCACCUGAAGGAACGAGCAAACCCUUCUCGACCCAUGCAGAUGGCUAUGGCAGAGGAGAAGGCUGUGGUGUAGUACUUCUCAAACCUUUGAAACAUGCCAUAAAAGACUGCAACAAAAUAUGGGGUAUUAUCAGCAAAACGGCAGUCAAUCAAGAUGGGCGCUCCGUCACUCCAAUCACCAAACCAUCCAUGGUUCAACAAGAAGAGCUGCUGAGAAGAAUCUACUCCAAGUCUGACAUCGUCAAUGUCCAGUACAUAGAGGCACAUGGGACGGGAACCCUAGCUGGAGACCCAACAGAGGCUGGAAGCAUCUCGAAUGUCAUAGCUAAAUCCAUGCGUCCUGCUGCAGAGACAUUGCUGAUUGGUUCUCUGAAGGGCAACAUUGGACACACGGAAUCUGCGGCUGGAGUGGCUGGACUCAUUAAGGUACUCCUGAUGAUGAAGUAUGGCACUAUUGUUCCCUCAGUUUUCUACUCUGAAGAUAGUGCAAGUAUAGAUGCAAAAGCCCUGAAUCUGAGCAUUCCAACUAAAUCUGUGAGGUGGGAGACAAAUGGGUCACCGGGAAGGGUAGCUGGGGUCAACAGCUUUGGGUUUGGAGGUACAAAUGCACAUGUGAUUGUAAAACAGUAUAAAAAUACCACAAUUCCCGCCCAGACAUCAAAAAGCUGUCCAAAGGUCUUUGUCAUAUCUGCAGCAUCUGAGAAAUCAUUAAUCCUGUCCAUCACUGACACCUGUGAGAGGCUUUCCAGGAACCAAUCAGCUGACUUGCAGGCACUCUCAUACACAUCAGCAUGCAGAAGAAGUCAUUACAAACACAAAUAUAGGAAGGCCUUCUUAACAUCUUCUCUCUCAAAUUUAGAACAGCAGCUAACAUCUGCAGUGAAAACAAAGGUCAAGUCAGUAAGGUCUAACAUCCAGGUGGUCUUUGUGUUUUGUGGAAAUGGGGUUGCAUACAAGGGGAUGUGCAAGCAGCUAAUGAGUCACUUUCCUGUUUUCAGAGAUAAAGUUAGAGAAGUUGAGAAUCUGUUCCAGAGUCACAGCUCUAUCAGCAUGAGUAAAUGGCUUGAUGAGUAUGAUACCAGUGAUUUCGAUGAGCCAAAUGUUGUCCAGCCUCUUCUAUUUGCGAUUCAGAUCAGCAUUACCGCUCUCCUGAAGCACUGGGGUAUCAAACCUGAUGCCAUGCUUGGCCACUCGGUUGGAGAGGUUGCUGCCGCUCACUGCUCAGGCCUCUUGUCUCUGAAUGAUGCUGUCAAAGUGUUGUAUCACCGCAGUACUCUCCAGGGCAAAGUCAAAGGAGGGAAAAUGCUUGUGGUUGGCAAUGUGGAUGUAGAAAAAGUGUUAGAAAUUCUUCCUGUCUUUUCUGGGAAAAUUAGUGUAGCUGCUUUCAACAGCCCUCGAUCCUGCACUCUGUCAGGAGACGCUGAAGCUGUGGACAUCCUCCAUGAGAAGCUGAAGAGCCUGUUUAAAGGUGACAAUCUCUUCUUCCAUGUCUUAGAUGUUCCAGCAGCCUACCACAGCCAUAUGAUGGAUCCAGUACUAGAUGACAUUAAGAGAAGCAUAGAUGUUUUAGAAACCAACCCCAUGGAGUGCAAACUUUUUUCAACAGUGACUGGAGACAAGUGUUCAAAUGGCGAUUUCAGCUCUGGCACAUACUGGGUCAAGAACAUCAGAGAGCCUGUUUUAUUUGAACAAACACUACGUGCUGCCACCAAAGACAAACCAACCAGAGGAAAUGUGGUCUUUGUAGAGAUUGGACCUCGCAGGGCUCUCCAGAGAAACAUAUGUGAGACUCUGGGCAAUGGUACCUUAGUUCUUUCCACUGCAAACCCUGAGAAGGAUUAUGACACAAUCCUCUUCACAGUGGCAAAGCUGUUUGAACUUGGCAUUAAUGUUGACUGGCAGCAGCUUUACAGGGGUUGCGAGACAUUCCCCACAGCGAUUCCAGUCUAUCAGUUUGACAACACAAAGAAAGAAUUAAAUUUUGAAGCACUGCGAAAAGGUGACAAAUCAUCUUCCUUUACUCCCCAUACGCUCAUAUCCCAAAUAAAGAGGGAUAACAAAGAGUUUGUGAGUAACCUCUCUUCGGAGACUGUGCCAUAUCUUUGGGAACAUAAAAACAACAGCACUUCAAUUGUGCCUGGUGCAUUUUACGUUGAACUAGCUUUUGCCUCGGUGAUGGCAAGCCUGAAGCCAAGAAAAACGAUUUCCCAGCUCUGCCUCAGUGUUAGAUUUGAGACUGUGUUUGCACUCAGCUCACACUGUCAACAGCUGAAAGUGACAGUAGAACAUGGAGAGAAGGAGGGAUCAUUUAAAAUGCAGUCCUCUGUUGCAACACAUGCCUCUGGAGCAUACAGGUGUACAGAUAGCAAGCCGUUGUUAGAAGAAUCAAACGUUUGUCCUCGAAUGAUAUUCGAAAGGUGCCAGUUGGUUUGGACAAGAAAGGAGAUUUAUUCAGUUCUUUCUCAGGCAGGAUUUGAGUAUGGCCCUCUCUUCAAACAACUUGAUAAUCUGCAUUUUGGUGAUGAAUUCAAGGAAGCUGCGAUGGUAAUUCAAGUCCCUGGCAAACUUCUGAAUCAUCUUCAUGAUUAUUUUAUUCAUCCUGUGCUACUUGACUGUUUUCUGCAAAUGACUGCUGUGGUAGCAAUGGGGCAGCUAACAGUCAAGCAGGGAUUCCCUUCAGGGAUUACAAGUAUAGCCAUAUCAGGACCACUGCAGGAGGAAAUGGUCAUGUACUUGCGAGCAACUCAAGAGACUCCAGACUUUCUUGAAGUGUGUGGUUGCUUUUCCACAAGAGAGGGAAAUGUAUUAGUGGAACUUAAGGGGGUCAGGAUUUCAUUCUUGGGCCGCACCUCAAAUGUUUCCCAGUCGCUGUUCUUCCAAAAUGAAGCAACUGCAGUUAGUGCUGAAGGACACUUGCAAAAUGACAAAAUCAGAGCAGUUGUUUUUGAAGAUAACUUCUGCAUUGCCAAAAGACUCAGGCCAUAUUUGCACCCAGAGUCAAUCAUUGUGGAGAGCAAAGAGCAAUGGAAGGGAGACCAAGUUCGAAAUCUAUUGUUCCACUCUCUCACCAGCAGCGUGGCGCUGGAAAAAGUUCUCUUCCUCUGGGGUGCAGAUAACCUCACUCAUCUGUCACCUGAGAAGAUGCUGGAUUGCUUGGUGGCUUGCUGUGAGAUAUUUCGCCACAUUGUUCUGGCUGUGAAAGAGAUUAAACGCUCACGCUCUGUCCAUGUCAUUACUUACAGAUCAUCAGAAAUGACCGUGGACCAUGUUAGUCCUGGUUUUGUGCUUUCUGGUGUGGUCAGGGGUUGUGCAGCAGAGAUGGCAGAUCUUUAUUUUCAGCUGAUUGACCUUGCUUCUGUGACCAGUGAAAACUUUCAAACACUCGCUCAGGUAAUAAACACCUGCAAACACCAAGAGGUCAGGAUCAGUAAAGGGGAAGCAUCAGCAACAAGAAUAGCAAGAACCCCAUUUAGGGAUAAAGCUUUGUUUGAGGGUGAUGCACACUCAGUGAAUCCAAGAGACUUUGUUCUACAUUCUACUGAUCCAUACAGUAUGGCUCAUUUGUCUGCCACCCACCGUGACACUAAUGGAAAAUGUUUCCAAGAGAUCCAAGAGAAGUCAGUUGAAAUCCAGCUAACCAACAUUUGCAUGCAUUCAUCAAAUUACUUCCCUGUGACCACUUCUCAUCUGAUCUUUGGCAAGACAAUGUACUGGAGCAAGCAUCCAUCAAAGAAUCACAAACUUCUGGCUCUAGAUUUCAGCGGCAUCGUCACUGCUGUUGGGAAAGGUGUCACGAAUUUGAGACCUGGAGACCACAUUGCGUCAUGUUAUCCAGUUGUUGCCACUGCAAAGAUUGUAAUUCCUGAAGCAGUGUGCUACGGCACGAAGACGCUUCCGUUUCUAAAAGAGACUCCAUGUGUGUCGUACUUCAUAUUGGCGUGGGAGGUUCUGCAGAGAAUUCUGUCUGAAGUGAAAAAACGGCACAGAAAGCUGACUAUUGUCUCCUCAAACUCAGCCUCUGCUCUGACGAAGGUUCUGGCUCUCACAGCGUCCAGGUCCGGCUGGAAUGUUUCCUCUCAGCCACAUUUCAAAGGAGAAUCGCCACAUUUUGAUGAGUGUCAUGCAUUCGUUCUCCUGCCACCAUUUGUUGACUCUUGGCUGGGGGUGCAUGACAGUGGUGGCUUUGAGAAACACAUCAUUUUUGUGUUUAGCAGUCACAUGUCACCCUCAGUCUCUGCAAGAAUGUUUACAUUGAAGAGUGAACACAUUCAUGUGCAUAAACUCGAUGUAGCUUAUGUUCUCCAGAAAGCCAAUCUACAAGCACGAAACAGAGAUAUCUGCAACUGGUUAACAUCGUUAGGCUUUGAUACAGGAUCUCUACCUCUAAGAAGGGAGGUAUAUCUGUUAUCAGGCACAAAAAAGCCCCAGUCUACUACAAUUUCUGAGUCCUAUUUCACAACAAACACAGUGCAGCAAGUGGUUUUAACCCAUGGAGAAUCUCAUAGCCUUGGAUCUGAAAUCCCUUUGCUUGCAACACCUGGACAAAUCUUUAAACAAAGCUGUGUUUAUAUCGUAACUGGAGGGCUGUCUGGGUUGGGACUUGAGACAGUUAAGUUCCUUGCCUACAAUGGUGGAGGUUGUAUUGCAACACUGUCAAGAAGCAAACCUUCUGAUACAACGCAGCUCAACAUGGAUCUGCUCCAGAAAAGAUACGGGGUUGCUAUCAUAAACAUCCAAUGUGAUGUUUCUGUGAUGAUGCAGGUAGUCAAUGCAAUCUCAAAAAUUGGGGAAACAUUCCCUUCUUGCCCCAUCAAAGGAGUGUUUCACAGUGCUGCAGUGUUGCAUGAUGCACUCCUUGAAUCACUUGAUGAGUCUCUCUUCAGAAAGGUGCUGCAGCCCAAAGUCGGUGGUGCUUUGAAUCUUCACUAUGCAACACUUCACAACAAACUGGACUUCUUUGUGUGCUACUCUUCCAUCUCAUCAAUCAUCGGCAGUGCCUCACAAUGUAACUAUGCAGCAGCCAAUUCUUUCCUCGACAUGUUCUGCCAUUAUCGGAGAAACCUCGGGCUGGCUGCACAGUCCAUCAACUGGGGUCCUUUGAACCUUGGUCUGCUGCUGCACAAAGACCAUUUACAAAAGUUCCUGGAGGCAAAGGGGAUGAUGAUAAUGGAUGUUUGUGAGGUUCACGAGGCACUUAAACAGAGUCUUUUGAUGAACAGACCGCAACAAGUAAUAUGCAAAUUGAACUUUAAAAAUCUCAGUCUCCAUGUUCUUUCACAAAAUGCAUCUCUCAGAGAACGUCUGUCAGCUUGUGUGGAAAUGGAGCUCAAAGAUGAAAUACAUAACAAACCCAAAGUUCACUAUUUGACUUCCGCAAAUGAAUGUGUGAAGAAUAUUGUGAGUGAAAUAGCCAAUGUAAGUGCAGAUGAACUGGAUCAUGAGUCCAAUUUGUGUGCUUUGGGGAUUGACUCGAUGUUAGCAAUGACUUUGCAGAACAAGAUUUUUCAGGAGACAGGAGUAAAUGUUCCUUUGGUUAUAAUAUUGGACCCCAACAGUACACUUGCCACUUUGGUAACGCUUGUGUUGAACAGUGGAUAA